AGACAAAAUGUACUGUGCAGCCCAGCCCCGUUUAAUUAAAAAGUUGAAGGAGAUCAAUUAAGAAAAGAAGAAUUUUGGAGUAAUCUUCGAGAAGGUCUAGUGUGACCGGCGUGAUGCUGGGGCGUAAAAUGAGUGUUGUGGGGGAGCACUCCCUUCUACUUACAGACUUCGGGGAGGAGGCAGGAGUAGAGAUAGAGGAGAGGGACUGGAUGAACAAAAAAUGGGGACGAAGAUUUCUUCAGUUUGUUUCUCUCCUCUCAUUGGUUUCAGUAUCCUGCAAUACACCUCAAUCAUUCGCCAACUUUCCUAAACUUAGUUUGAUAACAUAUUUCUGGGAUUGGUUCUGCUUUAUUGUGUUCUGCCUGGAGAUAAUAAUAAAAGUUAGGCAACGUGGAUUUAUGAAGAAGGACGGAGGAUUCUUCAGAGACAGGUGGUGUCAGUUUGAUACUGUUAUGAUGAUGCUAAUUGGAUUAUCUGUCUUCAAUCAAAGGUUUGUUAUAGGAGUGG